CAAAACACUGCACCAGUCAUCAUCAAUCCUCCACUCCGAUCUGAUAUUCCUUGCAACGCGGGACAGAACGAGAAACGAUUUUCACAUCUACGAAACUCCACCCGAUCGCCUAUCGCCAAUCCCCCGCAUCCGUCUCUGCCCCUCGCUAGUGAUUAUAUCAACUACUGGAUUACUAUACCGGACAUUCAUCUUUGAAACCUGAGGCCAUCAUCGUUACAUACAAACAAUGGCCGUCGGACUGAAGAACCUCGUUCCCCUCCUGAUCCUCUUUGUCGUCAUCGGCGUCAUCGCCGUCGUUGGCUUCGUCGCAUACGGCAUCAUACAGGAGGUCAGCAACCAGACAAGAGCGAAGAUGGAGAAGAAGCAUAUCAUGUUCAACAAGGACGGCCUCAAAGUCGAAGUGAAGGAGUUGACCGAUGAGGCGUACAGGGAUCGCAGCCAGAGUGUUCUCGUCAACAUGUGGAACCACACCUCCUUCCCAGCUUACAAGAGCCGGCUUUGGGGAAACGGAUCCGGAGCGGAAGCAUCGAAGAGAAAGUAGUGAGUGCACAUAGUAUCCCCGUGCCGUAUUUCUUCACCACGUAUCCUUCUAACGGCAUUCGUUUUCUAUGCAGAUAUUCUCCGCAGACCGUUCCCUGAGCAGUUUGAAUUGUUGAUCUAAAAGGAACCACGGCGUUCGGGCCCCUCAUAGCAGGAUUCUCUUCUUGUUCAUUCUAAAGCG